UUGAAAGAUCAUUCUGUUCUCAUGAACAAGAGCUCGCAUGUACUCUUGUCGUUUGGUGGUUGCAUCUUAUCUCCACAACCACACUUUCCAGUUGUUUCUGUGUACGUUUCAGCAGGGCAGAAAUGGGUAAACGUUUCUAGAGAAUGGAAAAGGAAAACUUGUCGGAAGUCUGUUUCCAGUUAUUUGAAGAAAACAAUAGAAGGUUGCUUAUCGGAUGUUCCUAGUAAGAGUGCUGCUUUUGGUGGAGAUAAUCCAGAGUCAAGGGACAAUCUUUCCCAGAAUUUUGAAAGGAAGAGAAAACUUGGAAGUGAAGAAGAACUGGCAGCACUUGAAACUCUGUUUUUAGAGGGCUUGCUAAGCUACUAUGAAGGAACACCUAUGUUUUCCGAAGAAGAAUUCCACACUCUUAGAGAUGAGUUGGAUCACUUGGGCAGUACUUCGACGAGACUUCAUAAUUUGGAAGUUAUGUGGGUGCAAGCAUCUCAGCAACGAGACUUUGAUCGCAACUUUCAGAAUGAGUUUGAAUUGAGUCAAAGCGAGAUGAAGAGUUUGAAAGAGAAGUUAUUAGAAGAAAGAAAAGCGAGGCCUCCUUUAGCGGAAGAUUUGGCUCUUGCUACCAAAAGAAAGAUACAACAACGCUCUCUGGUAAGAAGGGCUGCAAGGGAGUCUGAAGCCGCUCUGGAUAACAGCUUGCGAUAUCUUUUAUUUGGUGACGCUACUUUGGACCGUUUUAAGUUGUUAGUACUUUAUGCUCCAGCAGCAUUAUUAGCUGGAAUCAUGUCUUCAUUCAUGGCAAUAUCCUUUUUUCUGUUUGAUGGUGAAGUAGAAGUCCGUAUCUCUGCAAUAGGACGAUUAAGGUUCUUCCUAUUAUUAGCGGUUAUUGUAUAUGGAGUUGGUUGGUUUACCAAUUUUGUUACUCCACGCAUUUUAAGGUAUUUGGAUCUCGGCCAUCCGUUGUUGUUAAAGGGACAUUGUCCACAGUGUGGUUCAAUGGUUUCCUGUUUGUUUACUUCGAGCGAGACAAGAAUCCGAGAUGAACGCGUGUGUAGUAAAUGUAAUGCUUUGGUAGGUUUCAAUCAUCGAUGGAGAAAAGUAUAUUUAGUCCGACCUUCGUCAUCUCAAACAAAAAUGGAACCUGACUAGUCCAAGAGAGUAUGCACAUAGAGGCGCCUUUCCGGGUUCGUUCUUAUGUUAAAUUCCUUUCGACACAAGGGCCAUUUGAUUCUUCUUCGAAUCGUCUCGUCAGUUUAACUUGGUACAACUUGUGCUUAUGUUCCCCGUUUUGUUUGGAAUUUGUCUCAUGAUCGGGAUUUCGAUAUGAAUGAGGUUGUUCCGUGUUGUUGUACAUAUCGGAGAGAGAGAGAGAGAGAGAGAGAGGAGUUCCUGGAGGUGACUGCGCAAGCAAACCUCUGUUAUUGAAUCAUUUGCUUUAGAUUGUUUCCUGAUUUAUUUCGAAAAAAGUGGAAUAAUGCAUCUGUCCUCUUAGAAAUAAAGUGAUCUUUUGUCGA